UGCACCUGUACGCGCGCGCAUAGCGAUGCACCGCUCGUAUUUGCCUAUGCGGAAGUCAGAAGGGCGAGCGGGUGAGAUAAACUGUUUAGUGAUGGAAAUUCAUAUUCGAUCAUGUAAAUGGUUGGAAUGAAAUGGAGCUGAAGCGCUUAUGAGACGGACACAGUCACUGGAUGUAGAUUUUUACCUGUGAACGAGCUCCGCGUCAACUCUGAGAGGACCGUCAACAUGUUCUACAAGAACCGGGAGGAAGAUGUUGAGCUGCAACACAGAGACAAGGAUGGUAAAGACACUGAGCCUUUGCUGUCUUCAUACGAGUCAUUUGAUUAUUUACUGAUGAGCGAUGCUAAAGACGGCGCCCAGAAGAGGAAAGCCUUUAUUCAGCAGCUCAAGAGGAAAAACAUCUUUGUCACUGAGGUCCAACAUCCACAUUACAAGGAUUCUGAAAAGGAGUUCUUCGGCCUACGGGUUUCCAGUCAAGCGUUGGAGGACUACCAUUAUUUGCUGAAAGUGUCCGACUCCUGCAAUGCGUGCAGAGAUGAGAGUGAAGCCGACAAACAGACAACUAGAAUCCGAAUCAUCAAUUUCAUCAUCUAUAACACUUUUCUGGACACAGGAGAGAAACUGGAUGACCUGUUGACGAACAAUGUAUUCAAGUCUGUGUUCUGCCUCCAUGAGAGAAAGCAGCAGAAACAGCUGACGAAGAAGUGGGCUUCAUGGUCGCGUCUCAUUGCACCUCAGCCAUUCAACGAUAUUAAGCAGUACUUUGGAGAGAAGGUCACUCUGUACUACCUGUGGCUGGACUGGUACACAAAGUUGCUGGUUCCUGCUGCUCUUCUGGGUGUUAUCGUGUUCUUGUAUGGACUCGCCUUUUUCAACACCAGCCCUCUCAUAAAGGAAGUGUGUAACUCCAGUAUUAUUAUGUGCCCUCGCUGUGAUCAGGAGAAAUGCAAAGUGUGGAAGCUGUCAGAAACCUGUGCCUAUGCCAAGGUCAGUCAUCUGUUUGACAAUGAGGGCACGGUGGCUUUUGCUGUGUUCAUGGCGUUGUGGGCCACCGUGUUCCUGGAGCUCUGGAAGAGACACAGAGCAAUUUACGUUUCUCGGUGGAAGGUCUAUGACUGGUCUGAACUAGAGGAGGAGCUGAUUAUGGGCAUAGUGAACAAUCCAAACUGCAAAGCAAAAGAGUACAAACACACCUACCUGCAAAGCACUUUAGUUCUCGUUCUGGUGACACUCAUGCUGAUGCUGAUCAUUGGACUUGCUCAGGCUCUGGUGGUCUUCCGCGUGGUUGCUGCACCCUUGUUGUCUGUGGUCCAGUGGGAAUUCAUCAAGGACAACGCCAGCACUGUGGCAGUGUUGCUGGGAGCUGUGCUGCACUAUUUUACCAUUCAGAUCAUGACUCGUAUAAACAGAUGGGUUUCCAUAAAGCUUUGUAACAUAGAGAAGAAAAACACAUUCGCUUCCACAGAGAGGAGUUUCACCAUCAAGAUGUUCACCUUCCAGUUCUUCACGCUGUUCUCCUCACUCUUCUAUGUGGCCUUCUUCCUGGGCAGAAUCAACGGCCACCCAGGAAACUAUGUUCGUAUCGCUGAGUGGAGACUGGAGGAGUGUCAUCCUAGUGGCUGCUUGACAGACCUCUUCAUCCAGAUGGCAGUGAUCAUGGUGCUCAAACAGACCCUCAACAACAUCGUUGAGUUUUCCCAGCCCUGGUUGAAGAGCUUUUUUGGAAAAAAGGAAGCAUUGAAGCUGGAGAGCAGCUGUGAGCACUGCAACAGUAAAGCCUGUUGUGAUGAAGAUGGAUUUGUUGAACCUUGUGACACCUGCCAACGGCGAGAUUGGCUGCGCAACUACUAUUUGGCCAGCACAGAUUCGUUCAGCCUAUUUAACGAAUACCUAGAGAUGGUGAUCCAGUUCAGCUUCACCACAAUAUUUGUGGCAGCGUUCCCCCUCGCCCCCCUGCUGGCGCUCAUCAACAAUAUCUUUGAAAUCCGGCUGGAUGCAAUCAAGAUGGUCAGACUGGAACGCCGCCUGGUUCCCAGGAAGACCAACGACAUUGGUGUAUGGACGAAGAUUCUGGAAGCGGUUGGCGUGCUAGCGGUGAUUGCUAACGGACUGGUCAUUGGAAUCACGUCUGACUUCAUUCCGCGGAUGGUCUACCGUUAUCGUUACGGCCCGUGCGCCAACGGAAUCACUGACACACAUUGCAUGGAGGGCUACAUUAAUGAUACCCUGUCCACGGCCUUCAUGGGUGACCCGGAAGUUCAGAAAGACUUCAAAGCCAGUCAGCUGAUCCUGAACAGUGGCGUAAACGUCACUCACUGCAGCUACCGGGACUACAGGAAUCAUGAGGACUACAGUCUGACCUCUCAGUUCUGGCUGGUUCUGGCCGUGCGCUUUGCCUUCGUUAUCCUGUUUGAGCAUGUUUUAGUGGUGUGUAAGUUUAUAGUGGCCUGGUUCGUCCCCGACACUCCCACGCAGGUGAAGAAUCACAGUCUGAGAGACAAGAUGGAACGGCUGAAGAAGGAGUUCCAAGAAAUGAAAUUGAACAGAUCAACUGAUGUGUGACCUCAAACCUCUGCCUCCCUGAUGAGUGUGAAACUAAUAUUGAUGGAUUUUUCUUGUUUUAUUUUUGGAUUGUAGCUCUGUUCUGCUGUAAUGUUGUGUAAAUAUGAUAUAAUUCCUUUCUGCUGUCACCACACAACACAUCGCCAAAUGUCAAAUGAUGCUUUUAUAUAAAAGGCUACAAAAAUU